AUGAAGCGACGCGCCGUGCAAAGCGAGAAAUGUGCGCGUCCGCGCGGCGUCGUGCGGAUCGGUGCGAGCGAGGACGAGCGAACGCUAGGUGUGGCGGUGGCGGACACCUCGGCGCGACGAAAAAACAAGGCUUGCGGCGCCGCGGCCCCGCCCGCCGGGGCGAAGGGCGCGCGGCGCGGAGGCGCGGCAGGGCGGACAGCGCCAUUGGCCGCGGCGGGAGGGGUGUCGGAGCCGGCGCCGCCGGCGGCCAGUCGUUUGACGCCUGCCGCGCGAGCGGGUGUCGCCACGGAACGUGUCACGAUCGCGCCGCGAGUGUAUCCGCGCGAGCUGGAGCGCGUUAUGGACGUUGCAUGA